CCGAGCGGUCGUGGUCGUGGCGCGCGCAAGUCAAUCUGUCAUUUUCGGUCAAAGAGCCACCUGGCUCGAAGGUCCGCGAACAGGGUAGCUACCUCCGACAUUUAAACAUUUCAGUAAAGCUCUCGCCCGCUCUCCACGUCUUAUGUACACAUAGCUCAAUACCUCGGGAUACUGCUCCCUUCCUUUCCCUAUAGACGAAUUCAAGUUCGAAGCAAAUCCAGAUAUCCGUGCGGCGCAUCGACUUCCCCACCGCCACUUGUCAGAGGCAUCCCACCUCACACCGUAUUUACUGCGUCGCCCGCACACCACCCAAAGCCUUGACCCAGCACUCGCACAAUGGCUCCUCCCGGCCGCCGGAGACACAACUUGUCUCCUGCUGCAGUAUUCCUCGGCCUCGUAUUCCUCUUCUCGUCAACUGCAUCCGCCGCCUCGGCCGUCCUGGGUAUCGACCUGGGCACCGAAUACCUCAAAGCCGCGCUCGUCAAGCCCGGCAUCCCCCUUGAGAUCGUCCUCACCAAGGACUCAAAGCGCAAAGAGACUUCCGCCGUCGCUUUCAAGCCGCUGAAGAGCGGCGCGCUACCGGCAGGCGAGUUUCCAGAGCGCUUCUACGGCAGCGAUGCAGUGGCUCUGGCUGCGCGGUUCCCCGGCGACGUCUACCCCAAUCUGAAGCAACUGCUUGGUGUGAGCAGCGAGGGCGAUAAUGUGAAGGUGUACAACUCGAGAUACCCCGCGCUGAACGUUGAAGGCUUAGAGGGCAGGAAGACGGUUGCGCUGCGGAGCGGCGUGUUCGCGGCUGAGGAGAAGCCAUUCUCGGUCGAGGAGCUUUUGGCUAUGGAACUGAAGAAUGUGAGGGACAACGCGAAGGUAUUGGCAGGCAGCGACGUGUCCGACGCUGUCUUCACGGUUCCGCCGUUUUACACCGUUGAGGAGAGGAGGGCCCUGGAGGUCUCCGCGAGACUAGCAGGCUUGAAUGUCCUGAACGUGGUCAGUGAUGGACUGGCUGUUGGCAUCAACUACGCGAUGGGCCGGACGUUCCCUGUCGUCAACGAGGGAGGCAAGCCGGAGGUCAACCUCGUUUACGACAUGGGCGCUGGAUCCGCUUCUGCGACUGUUAUCAAGUUCCAGGGGCGCAGUGUCAAGGAUGUGGGCCGUUACAACAAGACUGUUCAGGAAGUCCAGGUUCUCGGCGCGGGCUGGGACAAGACGCUCGGCGGUGAUGCGCUCAACUCGCUAAUCAUCGAAGACAUGAUCUCCUCGUUCGUCGAGCUUCCAGGCGCAAAGAGCGCAUCCAUCACUGCGGAGAAGGUAAAGGCCCACGGACGGACCGCUGCAAAGCUCUGGAAGGAGUCUGAGAGGGUCCGCCAGGUUCUCAGCGCCAAUACUGAGACACAGUCUUUCUUCGAGAGCUUCUUUGAGGACGUUGACUUCCGCUACAAGAUAUCUCGCUCCAAGCUUGAGGAAUUGGCCACGGAUUACGCUUCUCGCGUUGAGGGCCCCAUCACACGCGCUCUUGAAGUCGCUGGUCUGGAGCUUUCUGACAUCGACGCCGUCAUUGUCCACGGUGGUGCAACUCGUACUCCAUUCGUCCAGGCCCGUCUUGAGGCUCUUGUCGGCAAAUCAAAGAUCAAGGCUAACGUCAACUCCGACGAAGCCGCAGUGUUCGGCGCUGCCUUCAAGGCCGCUGGUCUCAGCCCCUCAUUCCGCGUGAAGGAGAUUCGCGAUACGGACACCCAAGGGUUCACCCACGGCAUCCAGUACAUGUUCAACCUAAAGGAACGUGACCAGAAGAUCUUCUCGCCAUCCACCAAGAUCGGAGCCACCAAGGACCUGCCCUUCCAGAUGAUGGGCGAGUUCGAGUUCACGCUCUACCAGGCUACACCUGGCCCCAACGGCGAAACGGUCAAGCAGCCUACCCUCCACUUCGCAAGCGGAAACCUUACUAGGGCUGUCACUGAGUUGAUCGACAAGGAAAGCUGCGACCGCGACAGCUUCAACAACUAUGUUCAAGUCCGGCUCAGCCCCAUCACUGGUGAGCCUGAGGUUACUUCCGCAUGGGUCACCUGCGAAACAGAGGUCAAGACUGGAAUCGUUGACGGCGUCAAGAAUUUCUUCGGUAUGGGCGACAAGAAGGAUCAGGAGCCUUUGAAGGAUGGCGAGGAUGCUUCCGAGUCCGCUUCAUCGUCAAAGUCAUCCUCGAAAUCUUCCAAGAAAUCCAAGUCGUCCAAGACAUCCUCUGGUUCUGCCUCUUCCACCUCUGGUGCUGCUGAUGCGGCGGCUUCUGACGCCGUUCCUAAAAAGAAGACGGUGCGGUCUGCGAUUACCUUCACGGUAAAACAGCAGGGAUACGAGAAGCACCCUCGCAAGGAGUUCAAGCGUAUGCAGGAUAGGCUCACCGCAUUUGAUGACUCUGACAAGGCUCGUCGCAACCGCGAAGAAGUCCUGAACGCCCUGGAAGCGUUCACCUACAAAUCCCGUGACUAUCUAGAGGACGAGUCAUUCAUUGCCGUGUCCACUGAGACCGUUCGCUCUACGCUCGAAGAGAAACUGAGCGCUGCCUCGGAAUGGAUUUACGCCGAGGGCCAGGAUGCCGACCAUAAGACUCUGAAGUCCAAGCUCAAGGAGCUUGAGGACAUCGUUAAGCCGAUCCUGAAGCGCAAGACCGACUCCCUCGAGCGCCCGGAAGCCAUUAAGAAAUUCGAGGCCAAUCUCGCAGAUGUCAAGACCGCUAUUGACUUGGUUAAGGCCCAGAUCAAUGAUCAGGAGGCCGCUUUGUCCAAGUCUGCGGAAGCCGCAAGCAAGGCCUCUGCUUCUGCCACCGAAUCACUGACCGCUUCCGCUUCAGCUGAUUCGCUCGAUGAUCUUGAGGAAGAUCCCCAUGCGUCUGCAUCUGAGUCUGCCGCUGCCACCGAGCCCACGGAGGUCCCGAUCAUCUACACCGAAGAGGAUUUGACCUUCGUCCAGGGGACGUAUGAGAAUGCCAGCAAGUGGCUUGAAGAGAAGCAAGCCGCACAGAAGAAACUCAAAGACAGCGACGACCCAGCCGUCUCAGUCAAGGACAUCAACGCCGAGGGCGAGAAGCUCAGCAAUGCUGUCAUUCAAAUCAUGAUGAAGAAGGCGCGCAUCUACAAUGCUCCAAAGCCCAAGAAGCCUGCCGCCAAGAAGCCCAAGAAGGACACCAAGAAGAGCAAGAAGGCGAAGAAGGACGGCAAGAGUCCUUCCCAGGAAGAGCUUGAAGAGGCGCUCGAGAAGGCCGGCCUUAAGAAGGAUAGCAUCAAGUUCGCCAACUUUGACCACCCGGAGGAGAUCCUGGACAAGGAUGGCAAGCUCAAGACGAAGUUGGACUUGCCCGAAGGCGCGAGCGAGGAGGAGAUCAACGAGGCAAUUAAGAAGGUCAUGGAUAAUGUGCAGAGCAAGAAGGCGGAGGAGGAUGCCGAGAAGGAGAAGGGCGCGAAGGUUACGGGUGGUGUUCACGAUGAGCUAUAGACGUCGGUAUGAGGAAAGUUGGCAAAGGCGAUAGAAAUGAAGGAAUGGACAUGUGUAUAUGUAGACCCAUGAGAUGAGGAUAUCGAGCAUUUGUAGGAGUUUUGCGGG